CCUGUGAGACACAGUGUGUGUGUGUGUGUGUGUACUGUUGUUCUUCAUAUUUACGGGUUUUGAUUUGCAACCAUCAUAAAGAACAACAAGGAAUGAUGAAAAGUGUAUGAAUAAUCAGACAAAGCUAGAAUACUGAGACAAACAAAUCAAAGAUUUAAGCAUUAAAGCAACGAACGAGAGAGAGAGAGAGAGAGAGAGAGAGAAAACUGGAGAAGGAAGAAGAAUUAAAGAAGAGCAGAGGAGGAGGAAGAAGACGAACCAGUAGUAGCUCUGCUACCUCCCUUCAUGUCCACCAACCAAAACCCACCGAACAAAAACCAAUCAUCACCACCAUGAAACCCCCUCUGCUCCAACCACUUCCAAAAAGCGCUUCUCCCCCUGUUCUUCGUCAUCAUCAGACCCCCUCUCUUUAUCUUCCCUUCUUCUUUCCCAAAUCAAGAGUUCUUCACUUCAAUUGAAGCAGCAGCCAUGAACCCAGAUUCUGCUUUCCUGUUCUUUGUUGCUCUGUUUCUUCUUCUGAUUAUCAACUCUGUUCUUCUUCAGCUUGUUUCUGCAACUCCUACAGCUUUACCUCUUCAACUUCUCUCUCUGCUUUCUCUCAAAUCCGCCAUUAAAGACCCAUUUUCGAGCUUCCAUGAUUGGGACCCCACACCCACUUUCACCAAAUCUGGUUUUCAAGACCCGAUUUGGUGUUCCUGGUCGGGAGUUGAAUGCCAUCCAAACUCACCUGAAAUUACUUCCUUGGAUUUGUCUCGCCGGAAUCUCUCCGGCUAUAUUCCCUCUGAAAUUAGGUACUUGACCAGCUUGAUCCACUUGAAUUUGAGUGGCAAUAGCUUUCUUGGGCCGUUCCCCACCGCCAUUUUCGACCUCUCCCACCUCAGAACUCUUGAUAUCAGUCAUAACAAUUUCACCUCCAUUUUCCCACCUGGGAUUUCCAAGCUUAAGUUCUUGAACGUCUUCAACGCCUACAGCAACAACUUCACUGGCCCAUUACCACUAGACCUCGCCCAUCUCCACUUUCUCGAAUGGCUCAACCUCGGCGGGAGCUACUUCAAUGGCCGUAUUCCGGGGAGCUAUGGCGGUUUUUCACGGUUGAAAUAUUUGCAUUUAGCUGGAAAUAUUCUCGAAGGACAAAUUCCAGAACAGCUCGCGUACUUAACCCAACUUGAGAGAAUGGAAAUCGGUUACAAUACCUUCUCCGGUGGGAUUCCGUCGGAAUUUCCUCUGUUGUUGAAUCUGAAAUACUUGGAUAUCGCCGGAGCGAACCUCUCCGGGACUCUGCCAUGGGACAUAGGGAACAUGACGAAGCUUCAAAAUCUUCUUCUCUUCAAGAAUCGAAUCACUGGCGAAAUUCCUCAAAGUUUAGGGAAAUUAGAAGCGCUCGAGGGGCUUGAUUUGUCUGAGAAUCAACUCACCGGAGCGAUUCCGUCGGAUUUGUACAAUAUGAAGGAAUUGACAGAGUUGAGUUUGAUGGGGAACGAUCUGAGUGGGGAAAUUCCAGAAGCACUUGGCGAUCUUCCAAAUCUCGCCAGUUUGCAAUUAUGGAACAAUUCGCUCACGGGGCCCCUCCCUAAAAAACUCGGCUCCAACGAUAAGUUACUUCAAGUUGAUGUAUCGUCGAAUAUGCUCACUGGUCCGAUUCCCCCGAACCUCUGCCAUGGUAACAAGCUCUUCAAGCUCAUUCUGUUUUCCAACAAAUUGGAGAACGAACUUCCCGCCUCUUUAGCUAACUGCACGUCCCUCACUCGCUUUCGAAUCCAACAUAACCGCCUCAACGGCUCGAUUCCUUACGGUUUCGGACUGCUGGAGAAUUUAACGUUCGCCGAUUUCAGCAACAAUAACUUCUCCGGAGAGAUUCCGGCGGAUUUUGGUAAUGCGGUUAGGCUACAGUAUCUGAACAUUUCACAGAACGCCUUCGGAACUUCCUUGCCGGAGAAUAUCUGGAACUCAACGAGAUUAGAGAUUUUCUCAGCGAGUUCUUCAGAAAUCGUCGGCGACAUCCCCGAUUUCAUCGGCUGUAGAUCGAUCUACAAGAUCGAACUCCAGGAGAACAACUUAAACAGCAGUAUUCCAUGGACAAUCGGCCACUGCGAGAAAUUACUCACACUGAAUUUAAGCUUGAAUUCCUUAACCGGAAUUAUUCCAUGGGAGAUUUCAACGCUGCCGUCGAUCACCGCCAUUGAUCUCUCUCGUAACCUCCUCACAGGUACAAUUCCUUCAAAUUUUCAAAACUGUAGCACAAUCGAAAGCUUCAAUGUGUCGUACAACAUGCUCACCGGCCCUAUUCCAUCGACCGGAACAAUCUUUCCGGGAUUACACCCGUCGUCGUUCAUCGGCAACGACGGACUCUGCGGCGAGAUUCUGGCAAAACCAUGCGCCGCCGACACGUUAACCGCCGGCGCGAUAGAGGUCCGGGAGCAGCAGCCGCGGCAUACGGCGGGCGCAAUAGUGUGGAUAAUGGCGGUGGCAUUCGGAAUUGGACUGUUCGUAUUAGUGGCCGGAACACGGUGUUUCCAGGCGAAAUACAACCGUCGAUUCGGUGGUGGCGACGAGGAAAUCGGACCGUGGAAAUUAACCGCCUUUCAACGGUUGAACUUCACGGCGGAGGACGUGUUAGAAUGUAUGGCAAUGACGGAUAAGAUACUGGGAAUGGGGUCCACAGGAACCGUCUACAAAGCAGAGAUGCCAGGUGGCGAGAUCAUAGCGGUGAAGAAACUGUGGGGGAAGUACAAAGAGAACAUCCGACGGCGUAGAGGGGUUCUGGCGGAAGUGGAUGUACUUGGGAACGUGCGGCACAGGAACAUAGUGAGAUUAUUAGGCUGCUGCAGCAACAGGGAGUGCACGAUGCUGCUCUACGAGUAUAUGCCCAAUGGUAAUUUGGACGAUUUACUGCACGGUAAAAACAAGGGUGAAAACUUUUGCGCCGAUUGGAUGACUAGGUAUAAAAUCGCACUGGGUGUGGCACAGGGUAUUUGUUAUCUUCACCAUGACUGCGAUCCCGUCAUCGUUCACCGCGAUCUCAAGCCCAGCAAUAUCUUAUUGGACGGCGAGAUGGAGGCCAGAGUGGCGGAUUUCGGCGUCGCUAAGUUGAUCCAGACCGAUGAAUCCAUGUCUGUGAUCGCUGGAUCCUACGGCUACAUUGCACCAGAAUAUGCGUAUACGCUCCAAGUGGACGAAAAGAGCGAUAUCUAUAGCUAUGGAGUUGUGUUGAUGGAGAUAUUGAGUGGAAAGAGAUCCGUGGAGUCGGAAUUUGGCGAUGGAAACAGCAUUGUGGAUUGGGUGAGAUCCAAGGUUAAGAUCAAGGAUGGAAUCAAUCAAAUCUUGGACAGCAAUGGCGGUGCGUCUUGUGCGUCUGUUAAAGAAGAAAUGGUUCAAAUGCUUCGGAUUUCAUUGCUUUGUACUAGUCGUAACCCUGCAGAUCGGCCAUCAAUGCGCGACGUUGUUUUGAUGCUACAGGAAGCCAAACCCAAGAGAAAAUUGCCUGGGAAUGUUGUAGCUGAAUGUUAAUAUCAUCUUCUUCUUCUUCUUCUUUUUCUUUUCUUUUUUUGGUUAAUUUCAAUUGGUGGGGGAUUGGUAUAGGAGAAGCUUUUUUUUGUUCUUCUAAUCUCAAAUUUAGGUUCUAUUGGAAUUUCCAAGUGUUCUUCUAGUGUUCUUCUCUCAUUUUGCCUUUCUGUGCUUGUGAAUUGAAGGCUGUUUCUAUGUGAUGAACAUUGUGCAUUAUAUACACUUAUUUUCUAAGA